GUGUAGUCUAAACAUCAAAUUGCAUAAUUUACAUGACAACAAGAAAUGUGAUGAAAUAUAAACAAACACUUUGCACAAAAGGAAUUAAAAAAGGUCUGAAAACGAUCCUUUUUAGUUAAAACAAUGUCGUCAUUGUUAUGUUUUAAGUGUUAUAACGAACCAUGUCAUUGUGAAUAAAUAACAGUGGUUUUUAAAUCAUUUUAUAUUGAAUAAUUAAAAAUUCGACUUAAACUUAAACAAAAUGGCGGAUGAAAUAGAAAAAUUGUUUCACGAAGUUGAUUCAAGUGGAGACGGAAAAAUUUCUUUAAAAGAGCUUGGAGUAAUGUUCAAAAGACUGGGUAUAAAAGUAAAAGUUGACGAUGUAAAAAAGAUGAUAUACGAGUUUGAUAGCGAUGGAAACAGGCAGCUUAAUCUAGCUGAGUUUAGAGAAUUAAUAUCAAGUGUAAUAUCUUUUGAUAAAUCUUACAACGAAGCAUAUGAAGUUUUUAAAACUUUUGACAAAGAUGGAAGUAAUACCCUUUCCGUAGACGAAAUUAAGGAAGCGUGUAAUCUAUUGCCAAAUAAACUCUCUGAAGAAGAAGUUAACGAGUUUGUGAGAAAAUUAGACGCUGAUGGAAACGGCAUUAUUGAUUUCAACGAAUUCGCUAAAGCGUAUGCUUCAGGGGUUUGAUUUGUAGGGGAUAUUGAAUAUUGUAAAUCCUUGUGUUAACAAACUGAUUGCUCUCAAUUUUAAUUUUUGAAUUAUACAUUGAUUAUAUUUAUAAAAAGA